AUGGCCUGGCGCUUAGGCUUCUAUCGCGGCGGCCGCGUCUUCAUUUCCCCCGUCUCUGGUAUCGAUAUCGCCCUAUGGGACCUUAAGGGCUGGCGGCUCGGUGUGCCCAUCCACCAACUCCUCGGCGGCAAAGCACGGCAUAAGCUGUCCGUCUACGCCUGGAUUGGCGGCGACAGACCCUCCGACGUCGAAGCGGCCGGCAAGGAGCAUUUGCCGCGCGUGCUAGAAUCGAGCGUCGAGCGUCUCAAGACCAUCAAGGCGCUCGGCCUAAACGCCGCUCGGGAUUUCCACGGCCGUCUCCACAAACCCAUGGCCAAGCAGCUGGACAAGGCCCUGGAACCCCAUCGUCCGCUCUCCCUGGAGGAACCACUGCUCUCGGACCUCGUCUCGUGCCCGAUCGCCCUAGGCGAACGACUUUGCAGCCGCUGGGACGUGAAGCGGUUCCUCGGAGAUGCGAGCGUCGACGUGCUGCAGCCCGAUUUCAGCAACUGCGGCGGCGUCUCGGAAUUCCACCGCAUUGCUGCCAUGGCAGAAACCUACGACGUUGCGCUCGCGUCGCAUUGUCCUCUGGGCCACAUUGCCCUAGCUGUCUGCAUGCAAGUGGAUCUGGCCACGCCGAACUUCGCCAUUCACGAGAUGAGUCUGGGUAUCCACUAUAACAAGGAAGCGGGCGAGUACGACACCACGAGCUACGUGAAGGGCCUUAGCGUCUUCGACGUCAAGGACGGGUACGUGGAUGCGCUGACGAGGCCCGGAUUGGGCAUUGAGAUCGAUGAGGACGUCGUUCGUCGGUUGGCUCGGUCGACGGAGCCCUGGCAGCCCAAGGAACUCUCUUCGGACCGGAUGGUGGCAUCCGGGAAAGAUAGUUGA